CCAAUGCAUUCUGGUGCCGUCCCCGCUCUUCUGUUGGGAUCCACCGCUAACGUGAAGCUGUGGUGAAGACCCAGAGUUCCUUCAGACAUGUCCGUGAGGGAGUCCUUUAACCCUGAAAGCUAUGAGCUGGACAAGAACUUCAGGCUCACACGCUUUGCUGAGCUCAAAGGCACAGGCUGCAAGGUGCCACAAGAAGUUUUACAGAAGCUGCUAGAAACCCUACAGGAGAACCACUAUCAAGAGGAUGAACAGUUCCUGGGGGCAGUUAUGCCCCGAUUAGGCAUAGGCAUGGACACGUGUGUGAUCCCCCUCAGACAUGGAGGCCUUUCUCUGGUCCAGACAACAGAUUACAUCUACCCCAUUGUGGAUGACCCCUACAUGAUGGGAAGAAUUGCUUGUGCCAAUGUUUUAAGUGACCUGUAUGCCAUGGGAGUGACAGAGUGCGACAACAUGUUGAUGCUUCUGGGGGUCAGCAACAAAAUGUCAGAAAAGGAGAGAGACAAAGUCAUGCCACUGAUCAUCCAGGGAUUCAAGGAUGCAUCAGAGGAAGCCGGCACAUCUGUAACAGGAGGACAGACGGUGCUCAACCCCUGGGUGGUGAUGGGAGGAGUUGCUACAACAGUCUGUCAGCCAAACGAAUUUAUCAUGCCGGACAACGCAGUGCCAGGAGACGUUUUGGUGUUGACCAAGCCACUCGGAACACAAGUAGCAGUUGCAGUGCACCAGUGGCUAGAUAUUCCUGAGAAGUGGAACAAGAUCAAGCUGGUGGUUACACAGGAAGACGUAGAGCUUGCCUACCAUGAAGCCAUGAUGAACAUGGCUCGGCUCAACAGAACAGCGGCCGGUCUCAUGCACACUUUCAACGCUCACGCAGCCACUGACAUCACAGGGUUCGGCAUCCUUGGCCAUGCUCAGACGUUGGCACGGCAACAACGAAGUGAGGUGUCAUUCGUCAUCCACAACCUCCCAGUACUCGCCAAGAUGGCCGCUGUGUCAAAGGCCUGCGGGAACAUGUUUGGACUCAUGCACGGCACCUGCCCUGAAACAUCAGGAGGCCUGCUCAUCUGUCUGCCUCGGGAACAGGCGGCCCGCUUCUGUGCCGAAAUCAAAUCUCCAAAAUACGGCGAGGGCCACCAAGCGUGGAUCAUUGGAAUUGUAGAGAAAGGAAACCGCACUGCUCGCAUCAUCGACAAACCGCGGAUCAUAGAGGUGGCACCGCAAGCAGCCACGCAGAAUGUCAACCCAACUCCUGGUGCAACUUCUUAAUCCUCCUUUGCCGCAUCAUAGACCGGAACCCAAAAGCUCUGCCGAGUGUUUUUAGACACAUAAACUUCAAAACCAUCCUAGAGUGUUGAAAUAUAUACACACAAUAGUAUGUACACAGAAAAGACUGGAUUGGCGUGUAUCUUCAUGAAAAACAGCCCCACACAGUGGCCAAAGGGGCACGUCAUCACCCGUGGACUCAACCUGCAGUAUCCCCACGAUAAAAAAUUGAUAAGACUUAGUGCAUACUUAAAAUCCAUUUGCCUUUUGUGUCCGUUGUAUUCUGUUAUGUUUAAUGUGCGCGAUUGGCAGGCAGCUUCUGACAAGAGAGUUAUGAUGAUGAAGACAAUAAUGCAAUACGGUUGAUUCAUUUUGAAUCUUAGGAAGUCUGGUGUCUGUUGCCUCUUUUGGUCCUUUAAAUUUGCUCUCAUCAAGCAAGCGGACCGUGUGAUGGUGUUUUUGUUUGUCCAUUCACUUUGUACAGUUAUAAAGCGUAGUUUUAGUUCAUUGCUGUUAACUGAUGCCUUGAAAGAAGCGGGAGUGUGACCAGAAUGGUUUGUUUUUUAUUACUUUGACUUUUUGUAUUGUCCCCACCAAAACUAAUAAAUAUUCAAAUUGCCACUCAUGUUGAUGGAAUAAGUCACAUGUAACACGAUCUACUUACAUCAUAGAACUCCAGAUUGAUAUUUUUUUUACAUAAAUAAUUUGUGUUGCUUUAUUGUGCUUUGACUUGAAGUCAUAGAUAAGAAAAAAAAAUCUGCAUACCCCUCAGGAGAUGAAUCUUCUUCCAUCUGAAUUCCUAACAUGUCAUCAUAUUUAAGGUAGUAUGGUGUAUAGAGUUUGCAUUAUGUGGUCACACAGUUGUGCAACUGUAAAAAGCACUCUUAUUGGUGAGUUUGUUGCCUGUUGCCUUUGUUCGAGAUCAGGUGCAUUAAGUUUUGCUCUCCUAAUGCCGCUGCGAACAGUCGGACUAACUGUUAUGAAGCCUCCAGCUGAUCAAAGUCCAGAUCAUUUUUGUUUGUCCUAACAGCCUGAAUGAAUCUGGAAGGCCUCUGUAAAUGUUCAUAUAGAUAUCAGGAACAAGAUACGACCUCCACCCCACCUCUUAAAAUAAACGUCUCUUAUAAAA